AUGCAGGCAGAGAAGAAACUGUCCGGCGGCGACGGCUUCUUCAGUUUCUUGAGCGACAAGAGCGGAAACGACAGUGAUGGCGCAGAUUUACUGGAGAAGGCAGCGAAUGCCUUCAUGGCAGAGAACAAGUUUCUGGAAGCAGGAAAGGCCUUUGAAAGGCUCGCCCCAGUCUACAGAGACAGGUUGGAGUUGGAUUCGUCGGCUGCCGGUGCCGCUGGGAGUGCUAUUGAGGCCUACGUGAAAGCCGGUGACGCCGCUGCCGCCGCGCGGUGUUUCGAGCUCCUCAGAUCUCCGGCCUUGAAAAAGGGUCAGUCGAAUCGAGUCGACAGAUACGGGCGGCUAUUGGCCGGUUUGUACGAGAAGACGCUGGGGGAUAUGAAGUCGGCGUCGAUGUGUUAUGAUGUGAUUGCUGAAGAGUAUGAAGCAAACCUCAAUCCACAUAAUGCCCGAAAAAACAAGACCCAGGCCGCGGCGACGCGCGCCAUCUAUUUCGCCCAACUCGUCACAGCCGGCACUGAUCCGCAUGAGAGUGCCAAGGACCUCAAAUACGUCGAAAGAACCUUGAUUAAAUUGGCGCAAGAUUCCUACAACACCAACGAAGUCUUGCUCAGACUGGGAAUUGUGUACCUCAUCACGGGAGAUUCGAAUGAUUAUGACAAGGCUGCGGCCCCUGCUGGACCCGCCGCUGCUUCCGUUGGUGCCCAAGCCGCCGCCGCCGGAUCCUCCGCCGGUGCGCUUGCUGAUGAAGCCAACGCUGCAUUCGAUGCUCAGACUCGUCUUGACUUUGGUUUUGCAAAGUCGAGGGAAGGUGCGCUGGUGCGUGAUUUGGCCGCGGCGCUGAAAGCGGACAACUUGCAGCAGUUUGUGAAAUUGCUCAUGCAGUACCCGGGAACAAAUGAGGAGUCAAAGGCUUGGUAUGAGACCAUGUUGAUGCUAGCCGGCGGCUAUAAAUGGAAGGGCAAUGCCGUCAAGGCAGAAAUGGAGAGACAAAAGAGACAGCCCUUUGAAGACUCGCAAAACGGCGGCCAGCAGCAGCCUUGGGGGGACCAACCAGAGCCUCAGCGUUACUCGCAGCCUCAGCACCAGCCUCAGUAUUCUUCGCCGCCUCAGCACGCGCCAGGAACGCAGGUCAAGAACGAAACGGAUCCAGACGUCCCGGAUGCAAAUGAGUGGGCGUAA